UUCGUCGAUGCGAUUAAAACCACGUGCUCCGAAAGUCCGAUCGUUUUUAUGAAAAAUGAUACAUAAUAGGAGGUGACUACAUUAAAUAACCGGUUGUUGAGGAAACAUCAAUUAGAGAACAAAGAUUCCUGCCACCAUCGUAGAGAGGCAUGCUGAAGCAGGAUGACGGAAUUCGUAGAUGGCUGGAUAUUUGGACACACUUUAGGAGAAGGGGCUUAUGGCGAGGUAAAGCUAGUUAUAAAUAAGUCUACAGGUGAGGCUGUUGCUAUGAAAAUGGUAGAUUUAGAAAAGCAUCCAGAUGCCCGACAAACUGUCCGUAAAGAAACUACAAUUCACCGUAUGUUCUCUAACCCUAACAUUAUACAAUAUUUUGGAAAACGUAGUGAGCCUAAUAUGGAAUAUAUAUUUUUGGAGUAUGCAUCAGGUGGAGAACUUUUUGAUAGAAUUGAACCAGAUGUUGGUAUGCCAGCAUGGGAAGCACAGAAGUAUUUCAAACAGUUAAUAUCUGCAGUAGAAUAUCUUCACAGUAAAGGUGUUGCACACAGAGAUUUAAAACCAGAAAAUUUACUAUUAGAUGAACAUGACAAUUUGAAAGUUUCUGAUUUUGGAUUGGCAACAAUAUACCGGUUACAAGGCAAGGAACGUUGUUUAGAAAGGAGAUGUGGAACAUUACCAUAUGUUGCUCCAGAAGUAUUAUUGCGUCCCUAUCAUGCUGAACCUGCUGAUGUAUGGUCUUACUUUUUUUAACUGGUCCAUAUCUAAACUGUAGAACUGCCUUGGGAUCAGUCCUUGGCAGAGUGUCCAGAAUAUAUGGCAUGGAGAGAUGGAAAAUACAUGUCUCUUACACCAUGGAAAAAGUUGGAUAAUUCUUCAUUAUCUCUGAUUAAAAAUAUUCUUAUGCACUCACCAUCAUCCAGAUGUACCAUAAAGGAUAUUAAGCAACACAGAUGGUUCAUCAAGAAAUUCCAGAAAGCUGGAAGCAUAGAAGGAUACAUUCGACCUGACGAGACCGAUUCAAGACAAGUAUUAGAAGAUGAGAACUUAACAAGAUUUUGUUUAUCACAACCUGAAUUAACUGGAGUUGAAUAUGAUAAUGCAGAACAAAUUAAUUUGGAAGAAAGACCCGGAUUUUCGUUCUCACAACCUGCGCAUAUAGAAGAUUUAUUAUUAUGUACUCAAGUACAAACCAAACAAUUUACUCAAGCAAGCCAGCAAAAUACAUUCCAACGGCUGGUGCGACGAAUGACAAGAUUUUUUGUUAAAACGGAAUUAGAGACAACCGUGAAAAGAUUAGUAAAUUGUUUGAAAAAUGAAAGUUACACGUAUCGUAUCAAUAAUUUUGGCACGAUUACCAUAUCGACUGUGGAUAGAAGGAAAAUGCCUUUGGUUUUUAAAGCAAAUAUUGUUGAAAUGGACGGAAAGAUAUUAGUUGAUUUUCGAUUGUCCAAAGGCUGUGGUCUAGAAUUUAAACGGAGAUUCGUGAAAAUUAAAUCAUUGUUAGAAGAUAUUAUAUUAAAGGGUCCUGUUACGUGGCCGAUUGCUGUUGCAACAGAGUGCAUGCCUUAA